AUGGUUUCGAGAGGGGAUGCAACCAUAAAAGUGCGACCGAAGUAUGGUUGCGGCAACCGCCGCAAAGGGGUUGAUAAAACUUGUAGGCAAUACCAACCGUCGAGUCAAUGCUCUUCAGCGUCUCUUAAAUUGUCUAAUGCGCUUUGUUCGAUGGGACCAUACACAUACAUUGUGCGUCAACCAGAGCGGAUGAAAUUGCCCGGGGAGAGUUGGUGCACUGCAGUUAGCGACAGCGAAGUGCAAACUCAGUUUUGUGUGGGACCCCGCGGUGCUGAUGGGCGGAGACCAAAACAGGAAAAGAAUCAGGAUGAAGAGGCACCACUGUGGAUAUCGCCUGUUCUCCCGCAGCGGCAAGGAGCAAAGGAAGGUCUCUCGAAAGAGGCAUCCGGUACGCCUGAAACACCGGCCUUCUUUCCGCUGCCACAGUCUCCGAUGCCGGUUUGCGUCGAUGCCAGCAAGAGUUGCAUCAACAACAGCAGCAAGCAGGAACAGAGGCGAAAAAACACAUUAUCGCAAAAACCACAGCAGCGUGGUGUUAGCACCUCUGCACCCUCAAUCACACUUUUGACGGAGCUUCUUAGUCGAAUUCAGCAACAACAUGAGACGGGACUCUCUUUAUCCUCUUGCACAGCCCGAAGUAAAGCAUCUCCAGAGGAGAAAGGACCGUGGAAUUCACCCUGGCAACAACAUCAUCAUCAAGAGCAGGAGCAGCAGCAACAGCAAAGUUCUUGUGGUUGUCUUGCGGCCUCACGAUUGUACGGCGAUAUUGAGGAAGAAGUUAAUGCUCACCAACGCCGAGCUUCCCGACUUUGUAGUAACCAGGCACCGGAGUUUAUUGGAAUUGAUGCGGAAAGAGAAGAGGGUCUUUGCACGGAGAGCGAUCCAUCUCCGUUGGCGAGGGCCUCCGAUGGCCAUGGCGCCAGCCUCAACACGUUGGAGCGGGGAGACCGAUCGUUGUGCGGUAUCAGGGAUGAUGAGAAGCGCUUCUGUCGUUGGAUUGCGGACCGAGGAUUGCUCCCCAACGAAGACACGGCCGCGCACCGGACCUUUAUAGACUACUUGAAGAAGAAAGCAGAUCGCUUGGAGCGUGACUACGAUGAACUUUUUUGGUCUUUUCGUCAGCCUCCUCCUCCUCCUCCUCCGAGACUAGAAAAGGAGGAACGCUGCCAUUGGCAAGAUUAUCUCUCGCGGCAAGAAGAGACAUUGCGAAAACCAUUAAGUGGUGCAACGUUUGGCGUGGAAGAGCAAGAGCCGUUCGGUGAUCAUCCGUACAGUAUCGAUGCAAAUGUAGUUGUGGGUGUAGUCUCAGGUUCCACAUUUGCCCCACCGAAGUCCAUGAUGAAUGGAAAGGUGAAUCGGGACCCUGUUUUUAGUGGAGGUAAGGAAUUGCCUCGUGAUACGCCAACAGCAUCGACGUUCUGUUGCCGUGGAGAUGCCUCGGAAAAAAAGGGGUUUUCACGUUCAGUAGGAAGCCCUCGAUUGUCUGCAAGAAAAUCGAACAGCCGCAAAAAACUUUGCGAUAUUUCUUUGUUCUACACCGGGAAUUCAAUCGCGACGACGACGACGACGAAGACGGACAAAAGAUGGAGAAAAAAAAAUGACGGACGCUUAUCAUCCCUUUCAUCUUCUUCUUAUUCGGCGCACGAGGAGCAAGCGAGGAAUCACCAGGGUCACCAUUCUGUAAGAGAAAGAGGCACAUCACCUCCAUCGCCGCAGGAGGAAGUGCGCCAAAAGAGGGAGGAGGAGGAGAAGCACCGCGGUGAAAAAAAAGGAAGUGAUGUUUCCAGACCCAUGGAACAAAAGCUGGACAUUUUGGCUGUGAAUGAUGCCGCUUCUACCGCUGCCACUCCCGCCGCUUCCCGCGUCUUCAGACCUCCAGAUGAAUCUCACUUUCAUGCGGCUGCGCCCAAACGCACUUUUUCUUUUCCAACCGUUUCUGGUAUUGAGGAUGUCUCCGCGGUGAUUCGACUGCGCAAUUACUGUCAUCAGCUGGAUAAGGAGCUUGUGCAAUUGUUUCGUGCGGGUGCUGCACGACACGAGCGGGCUGACGCCGAUAAAGACUUGAUUGCAGCUGCUGACGGGGCAAGGACGCGAGAGUCUUUACAAGCAGCACAACGCGUGCAUAAAAAAACAACAGCGGCAACAGAUCUUACUCGUCACCGUCCCAUCGUAUUAUCUCCUUCCCCACCACCACCACCACCUUCAUCUUUGCCAACCGCCUCCGCGCUGAUUGCACGCCGUCCCCACGAGGCCACAGAGGAUGCUAUCGAUUAUAACGCAUCAACUCAAUUUAAUGUAUCGUCUGUCUCUUUCCCUUCUUACGAUGAGCGUGGUUCACCCUGCGUGGCAAAUCACGGCGAAUCGCGGAAAGAAUACGAUGCUGCAAAGGUAUUGGACCAUAAAACACUUCCAGGGAUGCCGGUAGAUGCCACCACUGGGCAAAUUACACCCCCAGAAUCUUUGAUACCUUCUGCUUUGGGUCAGGACGUUAGGCGGUGUAGUCGUGGCGACCAAGGCUUACUAUCGCCAUCCACUUCAUUUUUUUCUUCACGUCGCAUCAGUCCCAUGCCGCAUGAAGUACGCACGACAACGCCGUCCGGUGUCAUCAAGGAAAUGGAGCGUAGGCGGCCUCUCACUGCCUACCGGGUAUCCAGUGUUAAUCAGUCCAUACAUCAUACACCUCCACGAUUGCUAGUCCACAGUGAAAAUUUGUCCGAGAAUGUCGUGAGUGACCGGGAUGCAAACCUUCCGUAUACCCAUUUGGAAUGCUCUUAUGAUAAAAGUGUCAUGGAUUCCCCGCCAAUGCUAAAGGGGGAUGUACCGGCUGCGGUGCCAACCUUGAAUGCGGGAUUAAAUUGUGGACAUCUUAUCGAGUCGGAUGUUGCACCGGAGCAUCCGAACAGGAAUAUAACCCUAUCCCCAUUUCUUAAAAAGGAACUGGCAUCUGCGGAGGAUAUAAGUGGGAAUGCCAAGUCUCAGGAACUGACGAGGCCAUCAACUGCACAUGAAACGAGAAUGCCACCAGAGGGUUUAAAGACACAUCCAAGUCAAAAAAUACCCGAAUUAGCCAGUCGCCAGCUGCAUCUCCUUCCGUCUAAGGGGGAUAGUGAAACUCCAUCAAUACACUCGAUUCACAAUCUAACAAAAAGACCGGGGAGCACGCGGAAAAAUGGAGGGCCUGGAAGCGUUACAUGGAGUAGUAGUAGUAGUAGUAGUAGUAGUAGUAGUAGUAAUAUUGGUGGUAGUGGUGGGAAAAACAUUAUUGGCGUUGACGUAAAGAAAAAAGAUGCGCUUUCCCGGAAUCCAGUGGAGCGAAGACGUUUUAGUAUUCUGGUGGGAGGUUCCUCAUCCUCGGCGGCAACGCCAAUCGCCAAUUUGCGCUCUUCUUUGGGGGAAAAAAACAGAGUUGACGGCAAUCGGGCCAGUAAGAGAGAGAAAACUGGCAGCAGAAGUUUUUUAAGAGGAGGCGGGGAAUUGCCGGUGGUUGAGGAGGGAGUUGGCAGCCAUUAUGUUGCACCACGGAGAAAUUCAAAUCCUUUUUUUGUGGGCGUGUUGAACCCUGGGAAUGGCAAUGAGAAUCACCACAAGGUGGUGGAGCGUCGCGAGGGAGGAACGAGUGUCUCUCGUUCCCGUCGUUUCGGUGUUUCCAAGGCUAUUCGCUAA